AUGCAGAUCCAGGAUCACGAAGUUGCCAUCGUUGCCGAGGAACCACAGGACAAUGUUUUUAGCGACGACGAGGUAGCGAACGGCUUGACGGAUGUUACCGUACUAGUACGAGCUCUCCAUGGAGUCAUUGUUAAAGCAGAUGUGGUCGAACUUGGUAGAUUUAUCCGAUUUUUCCUCGUGGACGACUCUUCCUUUCGAUGCAAGAAGAAGUUGCAGCUUGUUAAGCAGUACUUCGAUGUAAAUGGACUAAUACUGGUAUAUGAUAUCACUAGUACGGAUACAUUUGAAGAGCUUGACGACGUCCUGCGCGUCCUGCAAAAAAUGGUGGCACCUGAUGUCGAUAUCUGCUUAGUAGGGACCAAAGCUGAUCUUGCAGUUUCUCGAAUGAUCUCAUACGAUGACGCCGAAAAGAAAUCCCAAGAACACGGCUAUUCCUUAUUCGAGACCAGUGCUGCGACAGGAAUCAACUGUGAAGAAGCAUUGAUGGAAACACUGGACAAAAUGGCUGAACGACGAUCAGAGGUUCGGGAGUACUUGUCAGAAAACACACAGGACAAAGACGCACCUUAUCUAGACGUUGACAAACUUCUGCCUAUUGGGCGUUGA